GAAGGCGGUGGUGGUAGGAGUAACGAAUCUCGAGAGUCGGCAAUAUGGCCGGCCAGAUGUGCAGUAGCAGGGUGUCACGGUGGUGUUAGUGCCGCGCGUUAUUUAUGUCGAACUACCGAAAGUCUUGUCCGAAUCUCGCGUGUUUUCAUGGGAUCGGUGAUAUACUUUGUAGAAGCAGGAAUAACGCUUGCACGAGGGCAUAGCACACGCUUCCCGGCCAAGCAAAUAUGAACGAAGUGAGCAUAUCAUCCGCUCGGGCGGCGGUGAUGGUCUACGACGACGUCAACAAAAAAUGGAUACCGAGUGGUACCUCGGCAGGACUUUCCAAGGUCCAGCUAUAUCACCAUCAGGUGAACAACACCUUCCGCGUCGUUGGGAGAAAGUUACAGGAUCACGAGAUCGUUAUCAAUUGCGCCAUCCUUAAAGGACUGAAAUAUAAUCAAGCAACGGUCACGUUCCAUCAAUGGAGAGACAACAAGCAGGUUUACGGACUGAAUUUUUCUAGUAAGGACGAUGCCGACGCUUUUGCGACUGCUAUGCUUCAAGCUCUUGACGUGCUAAGCAACGGAAGCAACAUAUCAAGAAGUCUGGGUCCGGCAGUCGCACCGACGACUCAGCAGCAACCUGUUUAUCAGCAGCAGCAGCAGCAGCAGCAGCAACAACAGCAACUACAACAGCAGCAACAACAGCAACAGCAGCAGCAGCAGCAACAACAACAGCAACAGCCGCAGCAACAACAACAGCCGCAGCAGCAGCUAGCGAAUGCUCAGUACGAGGAGGACAUGGGAUACAGUCAAGGUCAUAGCGCGCGAGUCUCCUUGUCUUUGGGCCAUCUUCCUGCCGGGGGCCAAACGGGUCUCUCCGUGGGGCCCCCGACACCAACCCCCAGUCAUCAUCCAUCCGUUAGUAACGCCGUCACCACCGUCAUUCAGGUGGGCUGUUCGCGUGGCUCACCGGCCGAGGGACUCACGAGGACUAUGACCAGAGAAGACGUGGCGAUCAUUCAGGAGCGUAGAAUGUCCCAACAGAGUCAAGCAACGAACAGUCCGAGCGCCAUUUCACCGAGCUGUCCGCCAACGACGCAACAGCAGCAGCAACAGCAGCAACAACAGCAGCAACAAUCGGGUCAUCACAGAACGUCGUCCGCACCACCGGCGCCGCAACCUCAACAGCAGCAACAAGCCGCUCAACAGCAGACGCAACCGCAACAGCAACCGGCGAUUCAGGGGAUGCAAGGACCGAUAGUCUCUACGGCCGGUGGUCCUUUAUCCGCUGGCGGAGGUGGACCUCCGGUACCACCACCGCAACCACCCGCGGCACCACCCGCUCCUCCGUGUCCGCCGUCUAUGAUAAACUUCAAUGCACCCGUACCGCCACCCCCGAUGAUGAUAAAUCAGUACGCACAAUCGCCAUCCUCCCAAACGCAAUCUCAAUCGCAAUCGAUCUACGCGGCACAGAAUCAGGGUAAUCAGUACGGCGGAGGAGCGCCCGGUAACAAUCAGUAUUCGAAUCCAAACGUUACCGGAUCCGUCGUGGUCGUAGGUCAGAAUCCGAAUCAGUACGCGUCUGCCGGUCAGAACAGCUUUUACGGGAACAACGGACAGGGUAGUAACGUGUACGGUAGCGGUGGUCAGGCUGGUCAGACCAGUCAGACCAAUCAGUAUGCUGUGGUCGGCGGUCAGGGUACGCAAUACGGUGCCGGUGGCGGUAGCGGCCCUAACAAUCAGUACGCGAGCAACAGUUCGAUCGUUCAGUACGCCGCCGGUACAGCUUCGGCGGCUAGCCAAUACGCUGCUGCCGCCGUUGCCGCUGUGGUAGCUCAGCAACAAGGCCAAACGCAGUACGGUGUCGUGUCGCAACCACAGCCACCGUCUUACGUUACCGGACAAGUGCAGGCUGUCGCCAGCGCGAAUCCUUAUGGUACCCCCUCGAAUUCGGUGAACCAGUAUGCCAGCGGAGGACACCACGCGGUCGCUGCUAACGCUUAUGCUCCACCACCGCCUCCCAUGGUACCAUUGGCGGCUGGUCCCGCUGCUCCACCUCCACCUCCUCCUCCACCCGCGCCUAAUGCAAGUAAUCCCUCGAAUCUUUCCGCUUCUUCUUCUUCUUCUUCCGCUUCGACCGCUCCCGUGGUCGUAUCCUCGUCCCCUUCGUCCACCGUGACCACAAACAACGAUCCACCGCAACCGGAUGCCAAUUCUCUCGCUGCGGCCCUACAGGCUGCCAGGCUUAAGAAAAAGCAGCAGCAAACGCAGCCCGUCGAAAAUAGUGGUUCGAGUACCAGCAGUAGCGGAAGCGGAGGAGGUGGUGGCAAUUACGGGACGUUGGGAAGAGGCGGAGGUGGCGGAAUGGCUUCUAUGAUGGACGAGAUGGCGAAAACGCUGGCACGUAGACGCGCUGCCGUUGAGAAGAAGCAACCUGAACAACCACCGGAACCCGAAAGUUCGCCCGACAAGAAGUCUUGGGAUAAGAGCAGUUCGUCAAACAAUAAAUUUUCUAACGGAGCCGAAUCACCAAAGUCGGUUCGAAAAAGGUUUGGUUCCGCUUCCGAGGACACGCUUCUCAAAGUUAAUGGCGUUAACGAUGGUUCCUCGUUGACGGCACAAGAAAUGGAGGCAUUUAAAGCGGAGAUAAUUAAGGAAGUGCGCAAAGAGUUUCAAAAGAUGAAGCAAGAAAUAAUCGAUGCGGUAAGAACAGAACUGAGUAGAAGGUAAAAGACGACGAACGAAACUAAUCCGCACGACUAAAGGAUAUAAGGACGAGAAGAGGAGAGGAGACAGUGAAGGAGAGAGAAAGAGAGAAGAAAA